CAGCAAACAGCUGUUGAUUUGUUUACGUUUUGUGUUGUAUUCGCAUAGAAAUUUAGUUACAUCGCCUAAAUUUAUUAAUUAGAUUUAAACUACGAAAUCGGGCAUUCGUGUCUAAACCAUGGAUCUCAACCGAGUACCAAACGAGCGUAAACUAUAUCUUUGCAAAUGGUACUUCAAAGUCGGAUUUGCACUUCUUCCAUUCGUGUGGGCAAUCAAUACGGUUUGGUUCUUCAGUGAAGCUUUCCGGAAGCCCGCGUACGAUGAACAGAAGGAGAUUCGUAAAUAUGUCAUAUUUUCUGCAAUUGGUUCUCUCAUAUGGUUUACAAUAAUCCUGGCUUGGGUCAUGACAUUCCAACUGAAAAGAACAGAGUGGGGCGACUUUGCCGAUAGCAUCAGUUUCAUCAUUCCUCUAGGACGUGCUUAAAGCUAGAUAUAAGCAACAAAUAUAAAAUAACUCUACUAAACAAAUUGAAAUACAUUCUUCACUCACCAUUAUAAUAAAAGUGAUUUUCAACUGACACGUAUAAAAUAA